GGGGCUUCUCCCAGUUCGGGUGGGAAAGAGAGAAACGGUGACGUAGACUGGAUGUUCCGCGGUGUGUGUGUUUACGGACCAUAAUAAAAUAAACGUCUACUGUAGUUUUUUUCUUUAGUUCUUCACAUAAAGUUCUGUUCUAACGAGUCGGUGUUCGUGACGAACCACCGGCGGCGGAGGAGGAGUUGCUGCUGCUGCUGCUGCUGCUGCUGCUUCCGGGUCCAACAUGGCGGCGGUGGACGUGGAGGACGAGAGCAUCCUGGCGUCGAUCUUCAGGGACAGCUUCCCGGACAGCUGGAGGGACAACCCGGACUUCACCGCCUACCUGUCCGAGCUCAGCUCCUUCGGCGUGGACAAGCUGAGCCGCGAGCCGGAGCGGCUGGCCGAGGAGCGGGCGCAGAUCCUGCAGCAGACCCGCGAGCUGGCGUUCUCCAACUACCAGACGUUCAUCCGCACCGCCGACUGCACCGAGCACAUCUACCGCGACUUCGGCCGCGUGGAGAGCAGCGUGUCGCGGCUGCUGGACAAGCUGCCCGGCUUCGGGGAGAAAUGCAGAGGGUUCGUGAAGCAGGCGGAGGAGAUCGGAGCGAGCCGCCGGAUGAACAGCCUGACGCUGAACCGCCACACGGAGAUCCUGGAGAUCCUGGAGAUCCCGCAGCUCAUGGAUACCUGCGUCCGCAACGGCUACUACGAGGAGGCAUUGGAGCUGGCGGCGUACGUCAAGAGGCUGGAGAGGAAACACUCCUCGCUGCCGGUGAUCCAGGGGAUCGUGCGCGAGGUGCGUCAGUCGACUCAGCUGAUGCUCAACCAGCUGCUGCAGCAGCUGCGCAGCAACUCGCAGCUCCCCGUCUGCCUGCGCGUCAUCGGCUACCUGCGGCGGAUGGACGUGUUCACGGAGGCGGAGCUGCGGGUGAAGUUCCUGCAGGCGCGCGGCACCUGGCUCAACUCCAUGCUCGCCGCCGUCCCAGAGGACGACGCCUACUUCCACAUCACCAAAACCAUCGAAGCGUGCAGGGUGCACCUGUUCGACAUCAUCACCCAGUACCGGGCCAUCUUCUCCGACGAGGACCCGCUGGUGGCGCCCGUCGUCGGCGGGCAGGUGCCGGUGAACGAGGCCGCCAUCUUCCACGGCUGGGUGGUGCAGAAGGUGGCAGAGUUCCUGGAGACGUUGGAGCGGGACCUGCAGCGAGGCGUGGGGGGCCGCCUGGACUCGCUGCUGGGUCAGUGCAUGUACUUCGGUCUGUCCUUCAGCCGGGUGGGGGCGGACUUCCGCGGGCAGCUGGCGCCCAUGUUCCAGCGGGUGGCGGCAGAGACGUUCAGCCGGGCCGUGCAGGAGGCCGUGGACAAGUUCCAGGAGGACAUGAACAUGUAUACGCUCAUCUCCCUGCCGUCGAUGCUUGGCGGGACCAUCCCCCCCGUGGCCCCCGGCGUCCAGCCCGGCACCCUGCAGCCCCCCAUGUCCCUGCUGGACUUCCAGCCGCUGGCCUGCUUCCUCAACCACAUCCUGACUGCCUUCAACGACCUGCGGCUCUGCUGCCCCGUCGGCCUGGCCCAGGACGUCACCAGGUGUCUGGAGGACGCUCUCAAGAAGGUGACCCGUCAGAUCCUGGUGUUCCACCGGGCCGAGGAGUCGGCCUUCAGCACCAGAGAGCGGGAGCUGUUCGUCCAGUUCUGCUGCUCGUACGCUGAGGAUCUGCUGCCGUUUCUCAACCGCUGCCUGCAGCUGCUGUUCCCUCCGGCUCAGAUCGCUCUGGUUCUGGGCGUCCCCCCGACUCAGCUGCACAGGUACGACAGUCUGGGCUGCAUCGACAUCGCCGCCGCGCUCCAGCCUCUGGACUUUGUGCUUCCGCAGAGAGAGACGUUGGUUCCGCCGCCACCGGCGCCCGAGGUCGACAUCGAUGCCGAGCUGAGCAGCCUGGCGUUGGAGACACCGAUCAAAGAACAGAGACCGGAUCCGGAGCCAACUCUGACGCCCGGCGAGUCCGAGGCGGCUGCUGAACAGACGGAGGUGAAGUCUGAGGACGGAGAAGACGACGACGAAGAGUUUUCUUUGGACUAACGGACCCUGGUUCUGAAACCAGAAUGUGAGGACGAGUCGUGUUUCCCUGCGAAGCGAACUGAGUCUCACAGAGCAGGACAAAGAAUCACGUUAGACUCUUAAAACUUCAGUUUCCACACGACCUCUCAUCUCAGAGUUAACGUCGGCUAAAGGGAUUUAAAAAACUUAAAUUAUAGAAAAUGAAUCUAUUUGAUAAAUAAUGAAUCUGAGACACAGAUAUAAAGUCUGUAAACGUCACUGCUGUGGUUUAUUAAUCAGCGACCAGCAACGUUGUUCUGGUUGCUUUUCUUCUUUGGCUUCUCGAGGCCGUCGGACAAAACGAGACGUCGCGGGAGAACUUUUGGGGGAAAUAUUAAUUUUUUGAUACAAAGUUCAGACAAAACUAUUGAUCUGCAGAAUAAUAGGUAAUAAUUUAGUCGUAGUCAUUAACGGCAGUGAUGGAUCAUGUUUUAAAAGGUUUCCAUCCAGUCAGGAAGUGAAACGUUCCACGUCGUCUUGUUACACGGUUAAAAUGAGUCGAUCUUCCAGAAUAAGAUGAAAGGAAACGAGUUUCACGUACCAGUGCCUUCAUUAAAUAUUAAAAAGUCAUCUUAAAUAUUUGAAAAAUUCAAUCAUAUAUAUAUAAGAUCUGUGCUGGUCACAUUCAGACAGACGUGGGGCUUUUGCUUUGACUUACUGAGGGAGACUCUUAUUGUGAAAGGGCUGGGGACUCUGUGGUUGUCAAUACAAAGUCUGUUGCUUAA